AUGGCAACUACCCCAAACUGCCGGAGCGGUCAAGCGACACGUAACUGGGAGAGGAAGCGGCCGGUGUGGGUGAUGCUGAUGGUCAACUCCCUGACGGAGAGCGACAUCAGGAGCCGCGGUGUGCCUGUGCUUGACCUGUACCUGGCUCAAGAGGCCGAGCGUCUCACCAAGCGCACAGGUGCUGUGGAGAGGGUGGAGGAGCAGUGUGUCCCCCUCAAUGGUCUCAACUUCUCGCAGGUGGUGUUCGCGCUCAACCACACACUGUCGCAGCAAGAGAUCCUGCGUGCUGGGGACAGUCACCUGGCCUACACCACCGACCACCUCAUCACCCACUACAACUGUGGUGACCUGGACGCCGUCAUCUUCUCCCAGGACACCACGCAGGUACCUCACCUGGGCAACGCCUCCCUGCCGCCGAUGGAGGCCGCCACCGCCACCCACAUCGACGAGUACUUCAGGGAGGAGCUCAUCUACAGGAGGAACAAGCGCUCCAGCCACUUCCUGGGGAACCACACGGUGCUGGACGUGGUGCGCUCGGCGGGCCUCGUCGUCCAACACGUCGCUCCCGAGACCAGGAUUAAGAGACACAAACGGCGGAGAGGACACCGGGGAGGAAUAGUGCCGGAGCCCUCAGUGCUGAAGGACUUCUUAACGUCCAGCACACUAGAUGCUCAGCAACAACAUGAUCCAGCCUUUGCCAAGUUUCUGUCGGAGCAAACAGCAGGACACCGACACCGUGGGAUACCCACCACUAGUGAACCCUCCAGGAAACAUGCACAGUUUAAUGACCUCUGGGUCAGAAUAGACCCGCAGCCUCCAGAACCCUACGACCAGCACGCGUCGGACUACCUGGAGGACACGACGAGCGUGUCAGUGGACCCCCGGGACGAGGAGCUGGUGCGGGAGUCCCUGCGGGUGUGGUAUGGCCUCCCCACCAUGCCUGCCAGCGCCGCCGCCGCCACCACACUACACCUCUCCUACAUUCUUCUACCUCUCCUCCUCCUAGGCCUGCUCCAGUCCUUCUGGCCGGGCCAACCUUACAUUCGCUACUCCAUUCACCCUGCCCAGGUAGACCUUCCCAAGGGUAAUGUUACCUGCUUUCCAGCGUUAUCUGUGGUAGGACGGUGUUCUGACGACGACCCAGAUCGGGAGUCCAGGGAUGUUCUAAAUACGGACGUGUCUUGACAUGUGUCCUUACACUUAC